UUGCACCCUUUUUCAGGCAAGGGUGAACGUGACUUGCGUGAGCAACAAGACCAUCACGAAUCGCAUAGCCAAGUCUGGUGCCACUGUCACCAUGGACAUACAAGAAUCAGCACUCAAAGACCUGAAAAAUGCCAAUCCAAAAGGGGCUGUUUUGGAUUAAAGUUGAUGGCACAGACCUUAAACCAGCACUGCAAGAGUCCAAGAAAGAAGAGUGGAAUGGGGAUGCAGACAUGAGCGAUUCCACAGUUAAGGUCUUGCGAGCAGAGUACGAGAAAAGAGCGGGCAUUGUUACAGAACUUUCUAGUGACAAGAACAGAACGCGGCUGCAACAGCACCUUACUACUACAAUCGACCACUUUGACGCAGACACUCAGUGGCUUCAUAAAUCCUUAGGUAAGACAAUCAAAGUCUACCAAAAGAAGACGAAUUCGCCAACGACAAGUGAGGAAUCCCUAAAAGAAGUGAACUGGGAAAUAGUAGAACUAAGCAACUUGAUAGAGCAGUCAAAGGAGCGGAAGGAGACGUAUGAAAACAUGUUGCCGUUGCUGAGCCCUCAAAACCCAGACCCUGCAGCUGUAAACAAGAAACACAAAGUGCAAGAACCUGACACCAAACGCUACCUCACUGCCAUCUUAAAAAAAAAAAGGAGGCAGCCAGCUGCAAGCCAUGUGCUGGUGGUAAUGGUGUCAGACGAAGAGAGGAAGAAGAAGCCAUAUGCACUUCCUGUUCAGUAUGUACCGUACCAUUCUCUUGGUGAUCAGUGGGUCCGAGACCUAACAACGAAGCUGAAGGAACGGAUGGUGUUCCAUGGAUUGACAGUUGUUGGCACGUUAACAGAUGGGGAGUUCAGCUCCCUGCGGACGCAAGGUGGUACCAGAGCACUGCACCUGUGGCAGUUGAUCCAUGAUGCAAGGGAAGGUGUAUCAAAAAUGCAGAGAGAGACACUGAAGAAGUACUUGGUUCAAGUUGGAGUGAAUGAUGAUGGAACGCCCGUUACCGAGGCCAACGAUCCCCGCAUACCUUCACAUGUCAUCACCAAACUACACGACAUAAUGCAAGAACUGGACUUUUCCAAUGCCAUCCACCAUAUCCGGAACGACCUCGUCCCUGAGGGUUACACACACCUCCCAUGGAGAGUUCAUGUUGUUCCAGAAAGCCAGCUCGACAUGUUGAGAUCCAUUGUCGGGACGUACCAAAUUAGGGCGAGUGUCGAGGAACUGAAACAAGAAGGAGUUCACUUCUCAAAACACUUGUACGUGCCUGAAGUCGACAUCACAACAGGCCAAAUCCAUCAUGAACGUGAGGACCAUAAUCACAUACUGAAGCGGAUCGCAAAGCACACGAGAGAGGCGGGUCAUGACGACAUAGAUGUUCGUAGGUUUGGUGAGGCCAUGUUAUCAGACAGAACAGACCUCGGACAUGCUGCCUUGGUCGGCCUGCGCAAACAGUCUGUACGUGAUGCGGAGAAGCUCGUCUCACAUGCAGUGAAGAAUUUCUUCGUGGAGAAAGGGUACACAGCAGAGGCGGAGUAUGUAAAGCUGGUGGCCGACUGGCAUGAGGCUGCAGACGGUCGGGGUCUGAGCCAGGAGGACCGCAGAGCGGCAAAUUUGGCGAUGAAGAACUACAUCCUUGAUCGCUGGAUGCCAUGGCACCGCGACGACAGCGACUUGUCCAAGAUCGACAUCAAUAGGUACUUCUAACAAUGUAGAAAAGUUACUUGAAUAUUAGAAUGCCAGGAUUUCAACAUAGAUCGUUACUUGGGUGGGAGGGUAUGGUUGAAUCACAUCCUAAAUUUGUAGAUAGGGUGACUGUCAGAACAACAAAAUUUCAAUUGUCAUCUUCUGAAAAAUAGAAAAUUCAUGAAGAAUGGUUCUCAGCCAUUGACUAAUCUUAUGUAUUUCUUGUUUCUCGACUUUAUCCCAGGCGCGUUAUCCCAGAAAACAUCUUCGGCUUCAGCAGGGAGACGGUGAUCGGCAUCACAAGUAAUAUUGAAAGCCAAGAGGCCUGACGUCAGCUCAAUCCUGUCUUUGGCCCAGAGCAUCCGCGUGCGGGCACAACUGAUGACGUGGAAUGCUUCUUCUCCAUUCUGCAUCAAAAGACAGCUGGGCAGGCGGUGACUUUGAAAGACUUCAAGAAGUGGUGGAGGAAGCUUGUUUUGCAGUUCAGGGAAAGGAUGGAUACAGAUCGGCCGUACUAUUACUGGUCCCUCAAUGAACGCUUCACCGAGGACGAGUAUCCUUCUUUUGACGUGCCCUCCGAGGAGGUUCCCAGGCUACAUCAGAUACGGUACCGGGUAAGGGAAGACAGCUCAAUCCUAGCGGCUGGAAGGGCAUUCCUCCCAGCAAGACACCGACCGACACUCAGACUAAGUUUCCACAAGUUUGCUGUGGGUCUCCCUCCUGUGCCAGAGGACCAACAAAGGCAUAUUCAAAAUGUAAU